AUGCGCGAGGAUGAGGAGAUGAUGACGUCCAGCGACCUGCACGCAAACGGCUACGACGAGGUGGAGCGCGCCACCACCUCCUGGGCCGGCUCUCUGCCUGCAGCUCAAGGCUUGUACGACCCAGAGAACGAAAAGGAUGCGUGCGGUGUAGGCUUCAUGUGCCAGAUCAAGGGCAAGCCUUCGCACAAGAUCGUCUCGGACGCCAAGCCUCUACUCUGCAACAUGACCCACCGCGGUGCUACGGGUGCAGAUGCGAGGGAUGGAGAUGGUGCUGGUGUCAUGACUGGCAUCCCAGAUGCAUUCUUCCGUAGAGAGGUGCUCACUGAUCUGCGCUGCGAGCUGCCAGAGCAAGGCCAGUACGCCGUCGGAAACCUGUUCUUCGACCCUCGCGACGACAAGGCGCGCGCUUCUCACAUUGCCCACUUUGAAAACCUCGCGCGCGACUUGCACCUGCGGGUGCUCGGUUGGCGCGAAGUGCCCGUGGAUAACUCCAUCCUCGGUCCAGCGGCGCUAAGCAAGGAACCCAAGAUCCUUCAGCCCUUUGUCGUGUUGGCCGAUCACUUCGGCUCGAGCAACUCUUGCGAAAAUCCAACGGCGCCCUUCGACGCUCAGUACUUUGCUAGACAGUUGUACGUGCUGCGCAAGAGCGCAACGCACGCCAUCGGUCUGCCCAAGUGGUUCUACGUCUGCUCCCUCUCCAACACCAACAUCAUCUACAAGGGUCAGCUCAGCCCGCGUCAGGUGUACGACUAUUACUAUGACCUCAACAAUGUUUGGUACGCAAGUCACUUUGCUCUCGUGCAUUCUCGCUUCUCCACCAACACCUUUCCCUCCUGGGAUCGUGCCCAGCCUAUGAGGUGGGCAGCCCACAAUGGUGAAAUCAACACUAUCCGAGGUAACAAGAAUUGGAUGCACGCGCGAGAGGGACAGCUGCGCUCCGAGACCUUCAAAGACGAGUUGGAGCUCUUGUGUCCCAUCGUCGAGGCCGGCGGUUCCGACUCUGCUGCGUUCGACAACGUCCUCGAACUGCUCGUCAUCAACAACGUCGUCACGCUGCCACAGGCAGUCAUGAUGAUGAUUCCCGAGGCUUGGCAAGGCAACGAGGACAACAUGGACCCAGCCAAGGUGGCUUUUUACAAGUGGGCCGCAUGCCUCAUGGAGCCAUGGGACGGUCCUGCGCUCUUUACCUUUGCUGAUGGCCGGUACUGCGGUGCCAACCUUGACCGUAAUGGUCUGCGUCCCUGUCGAUACUUGAUCACCGAUGAAGACGUCAUGGUUUGCGCCUCUGAAGUCGGUGCCGUCACCAUCGACCCAGCUCGCGUCAUCGAAAAGGGCAGAUUGCAACCAGGCAAGAUGCUCCUCGUCGACACUGUCGAGGGUCGCGUCAUUGAUGACAAGGAGCUCAAGCUGACGACUUCUCAGCGCAACGAUUUCGGCGCCUGGCUCGAGCAGCAGCUCUUGCAGCUUCCCGAAAUCGUCGACACGGUGCGCUCUUGCACGCGCAACUCCAUCUCUGCCAAAUUGGACGAGUCCAGCUUGUCCAAUGAUCCAAAGCUUCUCGCCUUUGGCUACACAGCCGAACAGAUCAGCCUGCUCAUGCUUCCUAUGGGUGCCGAGGGCAAGGAGCCUCUGGGCUCUAUGGGCAACGACGCUCCGCUCGCGUGCAUGACCACGGCGCCUCGUCUCAUCUACGACUACUUUAGGCAGCUCUUCGCUCAGGUCACCAACCCUCCCAUCGACCCCAUUCGUGAGGCUGUCGUCAUGUCGCUCGAGCAGUACGUUGGUCCUGAAGGCAACAUUCUCGAGAUGCGCGCCGACCAGUGCCACCGUCUGCACCUCGAGAGUCCCAUCCUGACCAUCGAGGAGUGCAACGCCCUCAAGCGCCUCGAGCUUGCGCAUCAAGACUGGAAGUCGCGCACCCUCGACAUCACCUUUGACAAGGGUCACGGCAUCGACGGGUACAGCAACGCGCUGGACCGCAUCUGCUCCGAGGCAUCUCGAGCCAUUCGCGAGGAUGUCCGCGUGCUCGUCCUCUCCGACCGCGCUGUCAACAAGGACCGUGUUGCUAUCAGCAGUUUGAUCGCCGCUGGUGGCUUGCACCAUCACCUGAUCCGCAACAAGGAACGCAGCCGCGUCGCCAUCGUCGUGGAGUCGGGUGAGGCUCGCGAGGUGCACCACAUGUGCGUUCUUGUUGGUUACGGUGCCGACGCCAUCUGCCCGUGGCUCGCUCAAGAGAGCAUCAUGAAGGUGGCACGCGAAGGUCUGCUCAAGGUCGACCUCCCCGUCGAAAAAAUGCUCGACAAUUGGCGCCACGCCGUCGACUCGGGCAUUCUCAAGGUCAUGUCUAAGAUGGGUAUCUCUACCCUCGCUUCGUACAAGGGUGCUCAGAUCUUUGAGGCGCUCGGUCUGGCAGAAGACGUCAUCAAUAGGUGCUUCGUCGGGACUGCUUCCCGCAUUCAAGGAUCUGACUUUGCUUUGUUGGCCAUGGAUGCCCUCGAGUUCCACGACCGCGGUUAUCCCGCUCGCGAGACCAUCACGGUGCCCGGACUGCCAGAGACCGGAGAGUACCACUGGAGAGACGGUGGCGAGGCUCACAUCAAUGAUCCUAGCAGCAUCGCAAACCUGCAGGAGGCAGCUCGGGAGAAGAAUCAGGCUGCGUGGGACAACUACUCCAAGUCAUCGCACAACGCCGUCAAGGCUACUGCCCUGCGAGGAUUGCUCGACUUCGACUUUACCAAGUCGAGACCCAUUCCCAUCGAUCAGGUUGAGCCUUGGACAGAGAUCGUACAGCGCUUCGCUACUGGCGCCAUGUCCUACGGCUCCAUUUCCAUGGAGGCGCAUUCUGCGCUCGCCAUUGCGAUGAACCGACUGGGCGGCAAGUCGAACACGGGAGAAGGCGGUGAAGAUGCGGAGCGCUCCAUCCCUCUGCCCAACGGCGAUUCGCUUCGAAGCAAGAUCAAGCAGAUUGCUUCGGGUCGAUUUGGCGUGACGAGCAACUAUCUGGCCGACUCGGACGAGCUGCAGAUCAAGAUGGCACAGGGUGCGAAGCCGGGUGAGGGUGGUGAAUUGCCAGGACACAAGGUAUCGGCCUCGAUUGCCCGCACUCGUCACUCGACUGCAGGCGUCGGUCUGAUCAGCCCGCCUCCACACCACGACAUUUACUCCAUUGAGGACUUGAAGCAGCUCAUCUACGAUCUCAAGUGCAGCAACCCUCGCGCGCGCAUUUCAGUCAAGCUCGUGUCCGAGGUCGGCGUCGGUAUCGUUGCAUCCGGUGUGGCCAAGGCCAAGGCGGACCACAUCCUCAUUUCUGGCCACGACGGUGGUACUGGUGCAUCGCGCUGGACCGGUAUCAAGUAUGCCGGUCUGCCCUGGGAGCUUGGCCUUGCCGAAGCUCACCAGACGCUCGUUCUGAACGACUUGCGUGGGCGUGUCACCGUGCAGACGGACGGUCAACUGCGUACGGGUCGAGACGUCGCCAUGGCCUUUUUGCUCGGUGCCGAGGAGUGCGGUUUCUCCACCACUGCUCUGAUCGCCAUGGGCUGCAUCAUGAUGAGAAAGUGCCACGUCAAUACCUGCCCAGUCGGUAUCGCCACGCAAGACCCCGAGCUUCGCGCCAAGUUUGCAGGCAUGCCCGAGCACGUCAUCAACUUUUUCUACAUGCUCGUCGAAGAGUUGCGUGGUAUCAUGGCAAAGCUCGGCCUGCGCACCGUCAACGAGAUGGUCGGUCGUUCGGACUUGCUCAAGGUCGAUGAGAGCUUGCGCACCGUCAAGACUGCCAAGCUCGACCUCAGCCCACUGCUCAAGCCUGCGUGGAAGAUGCGCCCUGGUGCUGCGACCUACAAGGUUCGGCAGCAAGACCACCGCCUGUACGUGCGACUCGACAACAAAUUCAUCGACGAGGCCGAGCCGGCGCUUUCGCAAGGCCUGCCCGUUCAGAUCGAGUGCGACGUCGUCAACACCGACCGUGCGCUGGGUGCUACUCUGUCCUACCGCGUGUCAAAGUUGUACGGAGAAGAAGGACUGCCUCGCGACACCAUCCACAUCAACGCCAAGGGCAGUGCUGGACAGUCAUGCGGCGCUUUCCUCGCCCCUGGUAUCACGUUUGAGCUGGAAGGUGACGCUAACGACUAUGUCGGAAAGGGCAUGAGCGGCGGACGUCUGAUCGUCUACCCACCCAAGAACUCUCAGUUCAAGGCAGAGGAGAACAUCAUCGUGGGCAACGUCUGCCUGUACGGUGCGACCAGCGGCAAUGCCUACUUUAGGGGUAUCGCGGCCGAGCGUUUCGCCGUGCGCAACUCGGGUGCCCACGCCGUCGUCGAAGGUGUCGGAGACCACGGUUGCGAGUACAUGACGGGCGGUCGCAUUGUCAUUCUCGGCACUUGCGGUCGCAACUUUGCCGCCGGUAUGAGCGGUGGUGUGGCGUAUGUGCUCGACAUGUACGGUGACUUUGCCCCCAAGUGCAACACGGAAAUGGUCGAGCUUGGGCCUGUCAAGGACCCGCACGACAUUGCUGAGCUGCGCAACCUCAUCGAGAACCACCGUCACUACACUGGCUCGACCAUUGCCGAUCAUGUGAUUCACGAAUUUCACCACCUCUUGCCCCGCUUCGUGCGCGUCAUGCCUCUGGACUACAAGCGCGUUUUGGAAGAGGAGGCUGCCAAGGCUGCUGCCGAGAAGAAGCGCAACAGCCACGUCGACUUGCUCGGCACGCUCUCUCGCCACGGAUCGCAAGUCGAUGUCUCGAUCAGCGAGGAGCGCACCGAACUCAACAGGCAGCAAGAAAAGCCUGCUGAGCCCGCAGUGGGGGAUGUGGAAGAUGCGAUGAUCGAUGACGAGACGGCCAAGGCGCGCGUGCCCAAGCUCGACAAACUUCGAGGCUUUAUGAAGUACAAGCGUUUGGGCGAGCAGUACCGUGCGCCUACGAAGCGUGUCAAGGACUUCAAGGAGCUUUCUGUGCGCCUCACCGACUCUGAGCUCAAGCAGCAGACGGCGCGAUGCAUGGACUGCGGUGUGCCCUUCUGCCAGUCAGACACGGGUUGCCCCAUCUCCAACGUGAUCCCAAAGUGGAACGACUUGGUGUUCAAGGGCCAGUGGAAGGAUGCGCUGAACCGUCUGCUCAUGACCAACAACUUUCCCGAGUUUACCGGUCGCGUCUGCCCUGCUCCUUGCGAGGGUGCUUGCGUGCUCGGCAUCACAGAGCAACCGGUCGGCAUCAAGAGCGUCGAAGCUGCCAUCAUCGACAAGGGCUGGACCGAAGGUUGGAUCAAGCCUCAACCACCCGCGGUCCGCACCGGCAAGACGGUCGCAGUCGUCGGAUCGGGUCCGGCCGGUCUCGCUUGCGCCGACCAGCUCAACCGAGCAGGUCACAGCGUGACCGUCUAUGAGCGCGCCGACCGAUUGGGAGGUCUGCUCAUGUACGGCAUUCCCAACAUGAAGCUGGACAAGGGCGUCGUCGAUCGCCGCAUCAAGCUGAUGGCUGACGAGGGCGUCCAAUUCGUCGCUGGCUGCAACGUCGGUGUGGACGUCGACCCGGCUGCUCUGCGCGCGCAAAACGAUGCCCUGGUGUACGCUACUGGUGCCACCUGGCCUCGCGAUCUGCCCAUCGAGGGCCGCGAAGCGAACGGUAUCCAUUUUGCCAUGGAAUUCCUCACGCAAAACACCAAGAGCUUGCUCGACUCUGGCUUGGAGGAUGGGCGAUUCAUCUCUGCUCAGGGCAAGAGCGUCGUGGUGAUUGGUGGAGGAGAUACGGGCAACGACUGCAUUGGAACUUCUGUUCGUCACGGUGCCAAGUCCGUCAUCAACUUGGAGCUGCUGCCUCGUCCACCCGACGAGCGUGACAGCUCUUGCCCUUGGCCUAUGUGGCCACGCAUCCACCGUACGGAUUACGGUCACACAGAGGUGAUGGACCAGUGGCACGCCGAUCCUCGUAGAUUCAGCACCACCACUACUCGUUUUGAAAAGGACGAAGAGGGCAACUUGGUUGCUCUGCACACGCAAGAAGUCGCUUGGAGCAAGGACAAGGCUGGCAAGUGGGCCAUGAACAAGGUGGAAGGUACGGAGCAGAGGAUCGAGUGCCAAUUGGUGCUGCUCGCGUUGGGUUUCUUGUCGCCUGAAAAGAAGGCUUUCGAAGCGCUGAAUGUGGAUGUGGAUGGACGCUCGAACAUCAAGGCGGACGAUCAGAAGGGCAAAUUGCCGUACAAGACCAACGUGGAGGGUGUGUGGGCAUGCGGAGAUGCUAGGAGAGGCCAAUCGCUCAUCGUUUGGGGCAUCCAGGAAGGCAGGGCUUGCGCGGCUGCGCUGGACAAGGAGCUCGAAGGUCAGACCAGACUGCCUUGGGCCGGAGGUAUCGCAAAGAGAGACUUUCAAAAGUACCUCAAGGGCGUUGCUAGUGGUAACCAGAAGUUGACCUCUGCCCAAGCUUAA